CCUCACUACGUAGCUGCUGAGCGAUGCGAGGCCGAGCUCUCAACGGGCUGGGAAAGUAGGCUACUUCGCCACGUCGGUAUGUUUGUGACCCCGCUGAUAUCCAUACUCUGAGGGCAGCGGGCGAGCUACCGAGAUGCUGAUCUGAGAUCAACGCUGAUCUGAGAUCAACGCUUCAACUUCGGAUGGAGUUUAUCUUUUUUAUCCAGCGCAGUCCAAACACAGCGGAGAGGCUCUGAGUGGGAUCCGGUGACAAAGUUUGAGAGAGGAAAAGAAAAACGAGGAGACACUCUGUAAAACUGCUACAAAAAAAGUUUCAAACUUUCUCCCACUGAGUCCUGCGUUAAGAGCAACAGCAAGUAUGGCGAAAAAGUAUGAUUUCUUAUUUAAACUCCUUCUCAUCGGGGACAGCGGAGUCGGCAAAACGUGUCUGAUCAUCCGUUUUGCCGAGGACAAUUUCAACUCUACAUACAUUUCCACCAUCGGCAUUGAUUUUAAAGUAAAAACCAUUGAUGUGGAUGGAAAGAAAGUGAAACUGCAAGUAUGGGACACAGCAGGACAGGAGCGCUUCAAGACCAUUACGACAGCCUACUACAGAGGAGCCAUGGGCAUCAUCCUGGUCUACGACAUCACAGAUGAGAAGUCCUUUGAAAACAUCCAGAACUGGAUGAAGAGCAUCAGAGAAAAUGCAUCAGCCGGGGUCAGUCAGAUGCUGCUAGGCAAUAAAUGCGACAUUGAGUCAAGGCGGAAAGUUUCCAAGGAGCGGGGAGAAAAGCUGGCAAAAGAUCACGGCAUCAGAUUCUUUGAGACCAGUGCAAAGUCCAGCAUUUACGUGGAGGAGUCUUUUCAGUCUUUGGCAGGAGACAUACUACAAAAAUCCAGCAAGAAGCCAAGUUCCACGGGCCGAGAGGUGAAAAUAACCAGCAGCACAGAGAAAAAGUCCUCAAAGUGUGUUCUCCUCUAGAUGUGAUAUCAAAAGAUUCCAACCAGAAACUGAAGAACAAGUCAGUGUUUUUAAGGAAAAAUGGAGAAAGUUUCCUGUCUCCAUCUGGUGGGCAAAAAAGUCAAAUACAUACACAUCGUGUAUUCCCUUUAUGAGUUUGAAACUGUUCUUCCACAAUAAUUGUUCUGCGCCCACAAGUAAUUUUUGAAUUUUUGUAAGACUUUUGAAAAAAUGUUUGCAUUCCAAACCGAGGGUGUUUUCUGUGACAUAUACUGUGAUAAAUGCCAGAAACGUAUCUUAAUAUAAUUUUCAAAAAACCAGCCCGCACCACGAGUUUCAACACUGGCUCAUUAUCACAUCAGCAUUCAUACACCAGCACCGACAAAAACAUUAGCUUGUCGUUUCUUAGAAGUGAACAUAUGUCGGAGCAGAGGAACCGUUUGAUGUAAAAUAAUUGGAUUUACACACAUAAAUGACAUGCUGGAAGCUCCUCUUUGACUCAAGUGUUUGUCAUUCGUUCACGCAUGGAGGUCCGGUCAAAGACCGUUUGAAUACAAAAGGGAAACCCUAAAAUUAAAAUGCCUUUGCUUUUCUGAAAAUAUUGUAUCAGUUCAGUCCGCUUACAUUUGGGAACUGUAUGUUACAUCCCAGAUAAGAAGCCAGUCCCAUUUUCAGUAUCAUGUAAAUACAUAGAUUGGACAUUCAGCAUUCAGUGCCUAUCCCUUGAGGAUAAGUUAGAUAUUUCGGGCCUGUUUUGCUUCAUUCAAAACGAUCCCACCAGAACAGAUGGCAUUAAAUAUGAAAGUGUUCUUGAUUGUAGAACAGAGACGUUAUGGUGAUGAGCAACUUAAAACAGUGCUCUCCAUGACGAUGAACAAAACGCUGGGCUUCAGUGGAAACUGUGGUCAAGGAGGAGGUUUUAAUAGAUGGAUGGAUUGAGAAUGUGGAUGAUAAAGAAAAGAGAUGAGUGCAAUCAGAGGAGUUGAGUGGAGAGGUGAUAGAAAGAUGAGUAAAGUAAGUGAAUGGACAGGAUGUGAGAGUCUCUUUGGCAGCUGAGCACACGCACACACACGCAGACUUCUAACUCUGAUUUCAUUUAGUGAGUCGUCUCUUUUAUCUGAAAUGCCUAACGCUACCACACAUUAGCCGCGUCUGACAUGAUAAUGUUUCCUGCUAAGGCAGUAUCAGAUCACUCAAAAUGACUGAUUGCAAAUAUUCAUCUGAUCUUCACAAACUGAGUUUUCUAUAUCCUCUUCUUUUGUGCUUCUUUCGCACUUUUUAUUUCUAGACCUGCCAAAAGCAUGUAGUUUACCGACGGAUGUCUUAUGAACAAUAAUAAAAAAAAUUAAAAAAACAGUAAA